AUGCCAUUAAUUCCAUAUUCUGAAUUACAACCAUUAUCAAAUCCAACUGAAGAGAGUAAAAGACUUUCAGCUUAUAAAGCAGUUGAUGAAAAUUUACCAAAAGAUGCUAAAGUAGUCGGUAUAGGUUCAGGCUCUACAGUUAUCUAUGUUGCUGAACGUAUUGCCCAAUAUGAUCAUAAAGAUGAAUUUGUUUGUAUUCCAACUGGGUUCCAAUCUAAAAAUUUGAUUGUUGAUAAUGGAUUAAGAUUAGGUGCUAUUGAACAAUAUCCAGAAUUAGAUAUCGCAUUCGAUGGUGCAGAUGAAGUGGAUUCCCAAGUCAAUGCUAUAAAAGGUGGUGGUGCUUGUCUUUUCCAAGAAAAAUUAGUUGCCUAUUCAGCUGCAAAAUUUAUACUAGUUGCAGAUUAUAGAAAGAAAUCUCCAGAUUAUUUAGGUGUUCAAUGGACAAAAGGUGUUCCAAUCGAAGUUGUUCCAAUUGCUUAUAUCCAUAUUCAAAAACAAUUGGAAAAAUUAGGUGCUCAAACUGUUACUUUAAGACAAGGUGGUACUGCAAAAGCUGGUCCUGUUAUCACAGAUAAUAUGAAUUUUAUAAUUGAUGCUCAUUUUGGAACAAUUCAAAACCCUGUGGAAUUACAUCAAAAGAUUAAAAACUUGACAGGUGUUGUUGAUACUGGGUUAUUUAUUGGACAUGCCGAUAAGGCUUAUUUUGGUGAACAAGAUGGUAGUGUUGUUAUUAGAACUAAAGAAGGUGAUAAACAUGUGAUUGUGUGA